AGAUUAUCUGCAAUGGUGAAAUGAAGUAACUCAAGAUGAGCAAGUUAAAAGUGGUAUCAGAGAAAAGGAAACUGCCAACAACCUGUUUUCCAAAGACAUUAUAUUUUAUACUUCUUCCAGCAGUAUAUGAAAAUUCUAGUUUUCUACAUUCUCAUCAAUACUUGCCUUACCAAUAACUCUCGGGUUGUCGGACUCCUCGCUCAGCUGGAGAAGAUCAGUACUGAACCUACAGAAUCAGAUACUGCCAGAUAUGUUACAUCAAAAAUUCUUCAUCUGGCUCAAAGUCAAGAAAAAAUAAGGAGGGAAAUGACAGCCAAAGGUUCUACAGGAAUGGAAGUUCUGCUCUCAACAUUAGAGAACACGAAAGAUCUUCAAACUACACUUAAUAUCUUAAGCAUUCUUGUUGAGCUGGUGUCAGCUGGUGGAGGUCGAAGAGCUAGUUUCUUAGUUGCCAAAGGUGGUUCACAAAUAUUGUUACAGUUACUUAUGAAUGCCAGCAAAGAAUCUCCCCCAAAUGAGGAGUUAAUGGUGCAGAUUCAUUCUAUUCUUGCAAAGAUUGGACCAAAAGACAAAAAAUUUGGAGUGAAAGCUAGAAUUAAUGGAACUCUGAAUAUAACCCUGAACUUGGUCAAACAGAAUUUGCAGAAUCAUCGCUUGGUUUUGCCUUGUCUUCAGCUUUUACGAGUAUAUUCUGCAAACUCUGUGAAUUCAGUAUCCUUAGGGAAAAAUGGAGUUGUGGAACUGAUGUUUAAAACCAUCGGACCAUUUAGUAAGAAGAAUUCGGGUCUUAUGAAGGUUGCUUUAGACACUCUUGCUGCAUUGCUAAAAUCAAAAACAAAUGCCAGGAGAGCUGUAGACAGAGGAUAUGUUCAAGUCCUUUUAACGAUUUAUGUAGAUUGGCACCGUCAUGACAGUCGGCACAGAAACAUGCUCAUUCGGAAAGGAAUUUUACAGAGUUUAAAAAGUGUUACAAAUAUCAAGUUGGGAAGAAAAGCAUUUAUUGAUGCCAAUGGGAUGAAAAUUCUCUAUAACACUUCACAAGAAUGUUUGGCAGUCAGGACCCUUGAUCCUCUUGUCAACAUCUCCAGUCUGAUAAUGAGAAAGUGUUUUCCUAAAAAUCGUCUGCCACUGCCAACGAUUAAAAGUUCUUUCCAUUUCCAAUUGCCAGUUAUUCCUAUGACUGGACCUGUGGCUCAGCUCUACAGUUUGCCCCCUGAAGUGGAUGACGUAGUAGAUGAAAGUGAUGACAACGAUGAUAUUGAUUUAGAGGCUGAAAAUGAAACUGAAAAUGAAGAUGAUCUAGAUCAAAAUUUUAAGAAUGAUGAUAUUGAAACAGAUAUUAACAAACUAAAACCCCAGCAAGAACCAGGACGAACGAUAGAAGAACUUAAAAUGUAUGAACACCUUUUCCCUGAGCUUGUUGAUGAUUUUCAGGACUAUGACUUAAUCUCCAAAGAACCAAAGCCUUUAGUAUUUGAGGGAAAAGUACGUGGUCCAAUUGUUGUGCCUACAGCAGGAGAGGAAGCAGCUGGGAAUUCAGGCAAUUUCAGAAAAGGAGUUGUAAUGAAGGAGAAUGUGUCUCCCCUAGGAGAUGAAGGUGAUAAGAAACCUAGCUUUAUGGAUCUGGCAAAAGAAGAUAUUAAAGAUAAUGAUAGAACAUUACAGCAACCGCUAGGUGAUCAAAAUAGAACUAUUUCAUCAGUCCAUGGCUUAAACAAUGAUAUUGUGAGGGCCUUGGACCGAAUUACAUUGCAGAAUAUUCCUUCUCAAACAGCUCCAGGUUUUACUGCAGGAAUGAGGAAGGACUACAGCCUCCCUCUUACCGUAGUUACGUGCUCUAAAGCGUGCCCACACGUGGCUGCUUGUGGAAACGUUCUGUUUGAGGGAAGAACAGUUCAGCUGGGGAAGCUUUGCUGCACUGGAGUCGAAAUCGAGGAUGACGAAGAUACUGAGUCUGCUUCAUCAGUGGAACAAGUAUCAGUUGAAGUCUCUGAUAGACCAACACUCCACGACUCAGACCUCUACAUUGAGAUUGUGAAAAAUACGAAGUCGGUCCCAGAAUAUUCAGAGGUGGCUUAUCCCGAUUAUUUUGGUCACAUUCCGCCUCCAUUCAAAGAGCCUAUUUUAGAAAGGCCUUAUGGUGUACAAAGGACAAAAAUUGCCCAAGAUAUUGAGAGGCUAAUACAUCAGAGUGAUAUCAUAGAUCGAGUGGUAUAUGACUUAGAUAACCCAAAUUACAUCAUUCCAGAAGAAGGAGAUAUUUUGAAGUUUAACUCCAAAUUUGAAUCUGGGAAUCUGCGCAAAGUAAUUCAAAUUAGAAAAAAUGAAUAUGAUCUUAUUUUGAACUCGGAUAUAAAUAGUAAUCAUUAUCAUCAGUGGUUUUACUUUGAAGUCAGUGGAAUGCGGCCAGGUGUUGCUUACAGGUUUAACAUCAUUAACUGUGAAAAGUCCAACAGUCAGUUUAAUUAUGGUAUGCAACCACUCAUGUAUUCAGUUCAGGAAGCAUUAAAUGCCAGACCAUGGUGGACUCGUGUGGGGACGGACAUUUGUUACUAUAAAAAUCACUUCUCAAGAAGUUCAGUUGCUGCAGGUGGGCAAAAGGGAAAAUCCUACUAUACAAUUACAUUCACUGUCAAUUUCCCACAUAAAGAUGAUGUUUGCUACUUUGCUUAUCACUAUCCAUAUACGUACUCAACUUUACAGAUGCAUCUUCAAAAAUUGGAAUCAGCGCACAACCCCCAGCAAAUCUAUUUUCGAAGAGAUGUGUUAUGUGAAACCCUGUCUGGAAACAGCUGUCCCCUGGUGACUAUAACAGCAAUGCCAGAGUCUAAUUAUUAUGAACAUAUCUGUCAAUUCAGAAAUCGCCCUUACGUUUUCUUAUCUGCUCGGGUACAUCCUGGAGAAACAAAUGCAAGUUGGGUAAUGAAAGGAACAUUGGAGUAUCUCAUGAGUAAUAGCCCUACUGCUCAGAGCUUACGAGAAUGCUAUAUUUUUAAAAUUGUCCCUAUGCUAAAUCCAGAUGGUGUCAUCAAUGGAAAUCACCGCUGUUCUUUAAGUGGAGAGGAUUUGAACAGACAGUGGCAGAGUCCAAAUCCUGAUUUGCAUCCUACAAUUUACCAUGCGAAGGGGCUGCUGCAGUACCUGGCUGCAGUGAAGCGCCUACCACUGGUUUAUUGUGAUUACCAUGGCCACUCCCGAAAGAAGAAUGUAUUUAUGUAUGGCUGCAGCAUCAAGGAGACAGUGUGGCAUACCAAUAAUAAUGCAAGUUCCUGUGAUGUUGUGGAAGAUGUGGGAUACAGGACUUUGCCUAAGAUACUGAGCCAUAUUGCCCCGGCAUUUUGCAUGAGUAGCUGUAGCUUCGUAGUGGAAAAAUCUAAAGAAUCCACAGCGCGUGUUGUAGUUUGGAGGGAGAUCGGAGUACAAAGAAGCUAUACCAUGGAGAGUACUUUGUGUGGCUGUGAUCAGGGAAAAUAUAAGGGCUUACAGAUUGGUACUCGAGAAUUGGAAGAGAUGGGAGCAAAAUUUUGUGUUGGUCUAUUGCGUUUGAAAAGACUGACAUCCCCAUUGGAAUAUAGUCUGCCUUCCAGCCUGCUUGACUUUGAAAAUGACUUGAUUGAAUCAAGCUGCAAAGUAACUAGGUAACAGAGCUGAAGAUCUACUUCCUGAUGUCUCGGAUGGCCAAUCAGCUCUAAUGGAAGUAGACGGGUAUACGUUUGAGGAAGAUGGUGAAUUCUUUAGGUUUAACUUUGUGCAGCGCUUAUUAAUAGCUUAAUAUGAAGAUAGCUAUAAAACUUUGAAUCUGAAUGAAGCACAGUGUUUUCCUGUUUUAGAAAUAGUUGCAAUUAUAAAUCUUUUCUGCAUCAUGAUGACACCAUGCAGUGGAGAAUUUUACUGCCUUCAUCUGUGAGAAGGCCCUUUGGGUGAAGGUUUUAUAUUUUUCUUGAAGCAGCACAAGGAGGAUUUGUAUUUAGACUAAAAUGCUAUUCUCUUUUAGAAUGAAAUGUUCCAUAUUGAAUUGUUUUUGACUUUGUCAUCUUUACACUAAGAAUUAAAAUCCAGAGUAGAAGGCUGUUAAGGCAGGUGUGUCUAGGACAGCUGUUGGAGGAUGAAGCAAAAGCAGGGAAAAAGGAGUAAACUUACAUGAAGAAAAUGAGGGAAAUGAGGAAAUAGUGGUGGAAAACCAAAAUUACAGCAAUGGGAAAGAAUUAAAUGUUGAUUAGACAUUUUUUAUGAUUGAAAUAAUAUUUGAAUUCCUAUCUACUAAUGGAAAGGGAUUAAUUAUUUUAUAAUCCUAGGGCAAAUUACCUUAAAAUCUUUCUCUAAGUGAUGGUUAUUGUGUGAUAAUGUGUGUGAAGAUAUUCCUAAAUUGUAAAGUGUUUAAAACGUAUGUUGUAAUUAUUAAUAAAAGUGAAACUGAAUUGCUGUGA